AUGGAAUUGAUGGAGCUUGUUGAGAAUGAGCCCACGGCUCGCCCAUUCCAGUGCGACUGGCAAUCCUGUGACAAGAGCUUCAACCGAAAGUCAGAUCUGCAAAGACACUACCGUAUUCACACAAAUGAAAGACCUUACUCUUGCGCCACACCUGGAUGUGGAAAGAGCUUCAUCCAGCGCAGCGCGCUGACAGUCCACAUUCGCACUCACACUGGUGAGAAGCCUCACCAAUGCCAGCACAUUGGUUGCGGCAAGCGAUUCUCUGAUUCUUCGAGUCUCGCUCGCCACCGAAGAAUCCACACCGGAAAGCGUCCGUACAAGUGCGCCCACGAAGGUUGCUUGAAGAGCUUCUGUCGCAAAACCACCAUGGUCAAGCACCAGCGCCGAUCUCACCAGCGGGGCAUCCACUCGUCAGACCUUGAUGACUGCACAUCGGACUCUGAGAGCGGCGAGUCCCCUACGACCCCAAGGAUGUCUGCAAUCAACUGGCCACACGUCGGUAUGGGAGGCCACCCCGGCAUCCACGGUCACUCGAUUCACCGAGCAGCGUCUUUUGCCGACUUUGGCCACGCCAUGAACCAGUACAACAUGCAGCAGCACCCAUACGGCCACCGCCACAGCGUUUCGAACAGUGUAACUCACGAGUUCCACAGCCAGCCCGUGCAAGAGCAACACCCGGGUGCUCAAAUGCUCCACAGGACCGCGAGUAUGCCUCAGCACUCCUACUAUGUCACUGAACACGCCAACCCUGGAGUUGCAACAAUGAACACCAACCCGAUGCCAGCAUACCACGUUCCGCGACAGCAUGUCGAGCGGCCCAUGAUUGAGAUUCCCUACAACGCCGCAGCGAUGACGGGAUCUCUUCAAAGCAGCCCCGCGACUUUCUCUCCAGCGUCCGGACGCAGCCCCUCGGUACACCAGGAUGGCUUCUACACACAUCAGCCAGCACAGCAGGCAACGUAUGCUCUCCAGACCACGUCGCCAAUCGAGUCGCAACCACAGGCCAUGGUCCAAUACGUGCCACAAAUGCAGCAGCCUAUUCCCACAACUCAGGCUGCCCCGGCGCAAGUACACAUCCAGGAGCAGUUCCAACCGGCACCACAGCAAGAUGAGCAAUGGUUCAAUGGUAUGCCCUACCAGCCCCCAGUUGAGGUUGCGACCAUUGGCUCGCUGCCAUCCUACGGCUCUGGAGGUGUAUAUGAUCCAUGGGCCAUCAAGGCCGACUUUGAGGACCCUUCCAUGCAGCUUCCCAGUGCUCGACUUGAGAGCAUGUAA